AUGGAGAUUUGCAACAUUUCAUCUUCAUACUCUUCAUGCACUCAUCACUGUUCUUCAAUCAGGAAGCCUGUUUUCGUUGAUUGGUACUUAAUUCUAAGUGUUGAUGAAGAUGCAGGGAUUGAUGUUAUAAGAAAGAGAUAUCAUCAAUUGGCAUUGCAGCUUCAUCCUGAUAAAAACAGGCAUCCAAAAGCUGAGGUUGCAUUCAAGAUUGUCUCCGAGGGAUAUGCAUGUCUGACAGACAAAUCGAAGCGAAAAGCAUUCGAUUCAGAGAGGAAUAGUUUCUGCAGAGAAUGCCGGAGAAAACUGCAGAAAAGCCCUGUAGAACAUUACAACAGGCGUGAUACCGAUCGAUUAAAGUCACGCCGAAUGAUACAGGCAUUGAAGGAAGUGCAAAACAGAAUCAAAGCAGAGAACAGAGUGAUCGAGAAUUGUUUAAGAGCAAACCGAGCAUCGAGAGAAGGCUCACCGCUCUUUGAUCCUUCGGAUCGGCUUUCAUUUCCUGGUUACCCUCAUCAGAGAACUCAUAUCUUUCAGAAACCUCAGGAAAUUAAAUGUGAAUCUCCUCUUUAUCAGAUUAGAAAAAAGCACACCUGAUUUCAGAAGCCAA